CGUUCCAAGCCUCGUGUCUCAUGAACAUCCUUCAGUGUGGGUCGCAAGCAAUGGGGUGAACUCUGCUAGCUUUCCCCGCCUUAGUUAACUUCGCAUCGCCUGCCAAUUGAUACAUCUGGAGGCGUCUACUCCAGACGCUGCGACAGGUGAGAUGCCAGGGACUCGAGAAUGGUCCGCGUGCUGUGCUUAUCAACUCCAGCAGCUAGCCUAGUGAAAUCCUCUUCCCUCCUCACCGUGUCGGCAGCAUCUCCUCCUCGAACCUUAACUUAUUAUUCACUCCUCGCUACUUCUCACAGCUCGAUCGCGCCGCUAACUUCGCAAUCGCUUCUCCCAGUGCAGAGUCGUCGCAGCGAACCAUCCCGAAACCCAUUCCUCUCAAGUUACCUUCGUUCCAUCGCCGUCACUCCCGCCGUCACUCCCGCCAUCAGACCCGCCAAGUUCAGCUCCCCAAGUGCUCAUUCCGAUCUUAGAUCCCCGUUGAAGUCAAGAGCCUGUUUGAUCGUCGCUGCUGCUCGCCCGCCACCGCGGGCGUCCGCUCGCCCCCCCCCGUCACGCCGCGCCCAAUCGGCAUCGCGGCAAACCCGCCAGCAGCUGCAAAGUCAGCAGCAGUCGGUCGACCAACAUCAGUCGUUCGAUCAGCAUCAAUCUUUCCAUCAGCAGCAAUCCAUGGCGCUAGCGGUGCAGCCGGCCCUCGACACGCUCUCUUCCCCUCCCCUCGACCCCUCGCUGGCUUCUCCUGCCCUCGAUUCCGCCCUCUCGUCCUCGCACCAGCCGCUACCAGCGCCGCUCCUAUCGAACCCGCCACUCUCAAUCCCGCCAGCGGCGUCAUCGCACUCGCGGCCGGCAGGAUCAGAUUCCGCGAUGCCACUUCCCCCGAGCGUCAGCAUAAGCGACGAUCGCCAGCUGGUCGCCAACGGUCGCGUGGUGCUGAGCGACGUGCCGCCGUCGCUCGUGCUCACGCCGCACACGGGCGCGGCGGGGGAAUCGGGGGCGCCCGGCGUGUUUCUGGGGACGCGAUUCCGGGAGGCCCGCAGCUGGCAUGUGUUCCAACUGGGAGCGCUCAGGGGCGUGCGCUUCCUGUGCUGCUUCCGCUUCAAGCUCUGGUGGAUGACUCAGCGCGUGGGCAGCAGCGGCCGCGAGGUGCCAGUGGAGACGCAGUUCCUGCUGCUGGAACUGCCCGCCCCGCCCGCGCACGCCGCUCCAGGGGAAGGGGCAGAGUGCGGUCCGGUGUACGUGGUGCUGCUGCCGCUGCUGGAUGGGUCCUUCCGCGCCGCACUGCAGGGCUCGCCUACUGACCACCUGGAAGUGUGCUUGGAGAGCGGCGACCCCCAUGUGUGCACGGCGGAGUCACUGCACGCGCUGUACAUGCACAGUGGCAGCAACCCCUACACCAUCAUUGCCGAUGCUGUCAAGGCGGUGGAGGAGCGCACACGGUCCUUCCUUCGCCGGGAGGACAAGCAGCUGCCCGGGCUGCUGGACUGCUUUGGGUGGUGCACGUGGGACGCCUUCUACACCAAGGUGGACGCCAAGGGCGUCAAGCAGGGGCUCGCCAGUCUGGCAGCGGGCGACACUCCAGCCAAGUUUCUGAUCAUUGACGAUGGAUGGCAGUCGGUGGCGGCUGACUCCCACGAGGACUCCAGCGCCACCAUCACCGUGGGCACUCAGUAUGCCAGUCGCCUCACGGACCUCAAGGCCAACUACAAGUUCAAGCAGCAGCAGCAGAAGCAGCAGCAGCAGCAGCAGCAGCAGGAGAAGGGCGAGGGGAGGGAGGGCGAAGAGGGGCAGGAGGGGGAGGCGAGGUGGGGUGAUAAGGGAGCGGAGGGAAGGCAGGGAGGGGAGGAGGAGGACGGGUCGAGUGCGUUGGGCGAGGCAGCGGGCAUGGUGCAUGGACUGGGGCAGGUGGUGCGCGAGGUGAAGGCCGCCCAUGACCUCAAGUACGUGUACGUGUGGCACGCGUUAAUGGGUUACUGGGGCGGCGUACGCCCGCACGCGUCCAGCAUGCAGCAAUUCGACCCAUCCCUGGUCUUCCCAGUCCCUUCACCCUCCAUCCUGCUCAACCAGCCCGACAUGGCGCAUGACUCGCUCACGCUCAAUGGGCUGGGCGUGGUCAGCCCGGCGAAAGUCUUCCACUUCUAUGACGCGCUGCACGGGUACCUGGCGGCGUGCGGCGUGGACGGGGUGAAGGUGGACGCGCAAAACAUUCUGGAGACGCUGGGCGCGGGCUAUGGCGGCCGGGUGGUGCUGGCGCGGGGGUUCCAUGAGGCGCUGGAGCGAAGUGUGGCGAAGAACUUCAAGGAGAACGGGGUCAUCGCGUGCAUGAGCCACAAUACAGAUGGGCUCUACUCAGCCAAGCAGACCGCGGUCGUCAGGGCGUCCGAUGACUUCUGGCCCACCGACCCCGCCUCGCACACCGUUCACAUCGUCUCGGUGGCGUACAACAGCCUAUUUUUGGGGGAGUUCAUGCAGCCCGAUUGGGACAUGUUCCAGUCGCUGCAUCCAGCAGCGGAGUUCCAUGCAGCGGCGAGGGCGGUGGGGGGCUGUGCUGUGUAUGUCAGCGACAAGCCAGGGCAGCACGACUUCAGCGUGCUGAGGAAACUGGUGCUGCCAGACGGCUCUGUGCUGCGCGCCAAGCUGCCAGGGCGGCCCACCAAGGACUGCCUCUUCGUGGACCCCGCCAGGGACCACAAAAGCAUGCUUAAGAUAUGGACGAUGAAUGCAUGCAGUGGCAUGGUAGGCGCGUUCAACUGCCAGGGUGCGGGGUGGUGCCGCGAUGGCCGCAAGUACACCAUGCACAACCCCGACCCCGACGCCGUCACCGGCAGCGUUGCUGCUGCUGACGUGGACCUGCUUGCUGAUGUGGCGGCCAGGGAGUGGAGCGGGGAUGUGGCAGUGUUUUUGCACAAUGCAGACGAGCUGGUAUGCCUGCCAGCAGCCACAUCCCUGGUGGUGCACCUCCACCGCCUGGAGUUUGAGCUCUACACCAUCGCACCCAUCACUGUUGUGGGGAGUGUGGCGGUGGCGGCCAUAGGUCUGACCAACAUGUACAACUCGGGGGGCGCUGUGCUGAGUGUGAGGACGAGCACCUCUGGUGCAGGGGAUGCAGGUGCUUGUGGUGCCCACUCCAGUGCAGGGGUUGCAGCUUCAUCCGAUGCCGACAUGGGAGAGGCACGAGCAGCAUCAGCAACAGAAGCAGGAGAGGCAAAAGCUAAAGAGGCAGAAGCAAGAGAGGAGGAAGCAAGAGAGGCAGAAGCACGAGAAACAGGAGCAGGAGCGGCAGAAGCAACUGUGGAGGCGGAAGUGAGGGGAGGAGGCACAUUUGUACUGUAUGCAUCGAGGCAGCCUGUAAGGUGUACAGUGAAUGGGGAGGAGGCAGAGGUUGUAUACACGCCUGAUGAUGGGAGGGCGGCUGUGCAGGUGGCAUUCAGGGCAGGUGCUACUUCCUCCCUCACAUAUACCUGGUGAGGUGACUAAACUCGCAAGGUAGUUCCUAUCUUUGGGAGCUGUGAAAUAAAGCGCCAAUGUCUGCCGAAGUAGAAAGGGAUUGUAAUGCAAGGUCUUUAGAAAGGGAUUGUAUGUGCUUGUGCGUGGUGCUAAUUUCCAUCAGUGUUUGCAGUAUUCUCAGAGUGAAAAUAUGCAGUUAUUGUAAACAAAAGUAUA